UGGUUAGUGAGCAUGGGCUGACAAUUGGACUAAGUGGUCUUUUCCGACCUUAACAAUUAUGACUUAAGAAGGCUUAAGAAGUGUUCUGAAAGAUUCUAAGUAAUUAAUUUUUUUUAUGUGAGCUUAGACAAGUGCAGGACCGCAUACACCUGCAUUGAUUUUACAAGUUGGAGGCUCUGCUUCUGCUUGCUAACAGAUGGGACUUUGGUCAGUUUGAGCCAGCCGUCCUGGCUGUCCUCUUCCAACCUCUUGUGCACCCCUGGCCUACAAGCUGGAGGUACAGAGUGGAAAAAAUAGAAGACCUUGACACUGUGCAGAUGCUGUUCAGCAAUAGCUAAACCAUUGUCAACAUAGUUUUAGUCACAAAUCCAAAACUCAGCACCAUCCCUGAAGAAAAUCGGCUUAAUCCCUGCCAGAUCAGUACGAUCUCCACUCAUUCCAUACUGUUUAUAUCACACACAAAUCUUACAACAUCUUCAAGAUCUUCACUAACCAUCACCUCACUUCUCAUCCUUUGAUGUGUGCAUACACAGAUAUUCUCUUAGCCUAUGGUUCGCUCCUGUGAAACAUCCAUUGAGUUCAUAGUCCACGACUGCGGUUCCGUUUGCUAAGGUCAUUGCUCAGGAGAGGGGGGAAGUGUUGUAUUGAGUUACUGGAGUUCAGCACGUCCAGCACAGAAGCGUUGCCCAGGCAAUCUGCCAGCCUGGGUACAUGGUCAGUGUGGUUAUCAAAAUGUUCCUAGGCACAGCAGAGUAAGGUGAUAAGUGCAUUAAACAGCAAAAGCCAAAAACAAUCUCUAACCAGCGCUAGACUAACAAACAUUAAGGCUCGGGACCCUGCCUAUUAACAGCUAAACAGCUCAAAUAGCAAUAAAUCCUCUAGCACACUGAUCAAAUCUGCCAUUGUCUCAAACCCCUUUUUGGGCACCAAAAAUGACUGUGACUGUGAUAGCAGCCAGCAGGGAAACCCCCCCACCCCUUUGUUUGCUCACUCCUCCUGACAAAAGGGGCAAAAGCAAGAAACAUUUGUGGAUCGACAUAAAGACCAUUUAACAAGCAAAUCAAAGUUAGGAAUUAAUUCACUCCUUCCCAUUGGUGGGCAGAAAUCCAGCCAUUUCCCGGAAAUUAGGGCCUCAGUGUGCCAAAUGCCAUGACCUUGAAUAUCCCUCCUUCCUCGUGCUCUCACCCAGCAUUCAGGGCUGAGAAUGACGCCAUGUAGCACAGAAUAUCCCUGUGCUUAGUUUGCAUUAGUUGCUGUGGUUGUGUCCUCUCAGCCUCUCACCUGCCCACUCACUGCAGGCCACAAUGGAAAUAGGGAAGGCCUCGAUGCUGUGCAAGUUCAGCAAUAGCCAAACUAUCGGCGCCUUGUUAAUAUGGUUUUAGUCACAGAUUCCAAACAAAGCACCCGGGGGUUACUGUGAAGAAAAUUAACUUUGUCCUAGUGGGAUGAAUUACUCAGAGUAUUAUAUACUCCCUCUGUUCACAGGAAGGGAGAUGUGAAAACAUGCCCGUGUGGGAUCUGCCAAAGCAAACUGAAGGUAAUCUCUGCUCUGUGGGCACUUUGGUGGCUGGAAAACAGUUUUCAUUACCUUGUAUGACAUCUCACUAGAUGCCACCGAGCAUUCCCUUCUGCUUUCCAGAGGCAGUGACCGUACACUGGGUCACACACAAAUUGUGCAACUGGUUGUGGAAGUGAGGUGGACGUACACAUAAACAUGGCUGAGCAGCUCAGACACAGAUGUGUGAGCUCAGUAUUCAGGCAGUUUUGUACAGUCUGAAAAGUCUCCAGCCGAUUCAGUCAGCAGAGCACCCUUCUUGCUAACAGAAUAGAUGAAGGCUCCAUGUUUUGCUGGUUCAUUGCUGGCAGUUCUGGGCAUGGUAGGAUUGCAGCUGAGCAGGCUCACCUCCACCAAGGUGUCCUGCUGUUUGCCAAGUGGGUGGCUGCCUUCACAACACAGGCAGAGCAAGGCCUAGGGGGAAUACAAAGCUGCACGUUACACAGGGAUCAGAGUCAAUGCGGAUUGUCUGUCUGUGUUCAGUCUCCCAUAAAUCUCCCAAGAUGUGCAUGAAAAUAGAUGCAAAGGAGGAUCUGGGCUUUGGGACACUUUAUGUGUUAGGGAUGUAGGUAGGAAUCUUGCAGGUGUUCAGCCCUCAGCAGCACCCUGAUACAGCUGAGAGCACAGGUGGCUUAACCAGAAUAUCGGGCCUGUGCCAAAGGGGUAAAACGAUUGCAACUUCAUAUGCAGUGAUGUGCAGGAGGUACAUUUCUGAUAGGAAAGGGCCUUUUGGAGACAUACCUGGAGGAGGAAGUGUGAGGAAAGACUCUUUAUUAAUGUGUUAAUAUCUAUCACCACAGAAAUGAGAUGCAACACUGUCUUGGAGUGACCAAUUGCUGUUCCCUAUUAGUGAGUCAUUCACUCCACUCAGUGAGUGCUGAACAUUCCCCUUCUUGCUCUCACUCCUUUAUUUUGUUUAUUCAUGGUCAUUGUAUCUCAUCCACCCAGUUUAUCCACCCGCACUUUCCUAUCAUUACCGUGCCCUAUUCUCCAUUUGUUUGUUACACCCAGCGUUUGCAUUACGCUUUAAUUACAAUAACCACCAUCUUCAUAGAAGCUGGAGAAAACUUUCCAAAAUGGAACUUGGAAUGAUUCUCAGGGCUCCUGGGAACAUCUGUGACGCCAUUCCUAAUAGGAGAAAUGCUACGCUGAGCCCACCGUGACCCAGAUAUGUCUAAAGGUACAAAUUCAGUGGGCACUGAUCUGCAGCCACCAGGCUCGGUGGGAUUCUCAGAGGUUCAUAUUUUCUCCAUUACACUUGUGCUUCUUCAUAGACAAGUUGAAGAUGAGGGCUUGGUUAUUGCUACCCAAGUGCCAUUUAUUUGAAUGCAAAUUGCAUCACUGCAUCCAAGAUCAGGCCAAGUUUUUUUUAAUGGAUUCCCUGUGGCUUUGGUUUCUUAUUGACAUUUUAACUUCAGAAUCAUACAACAGGGAUGAUACAGACCUGUCUGACUAAAUCCUUGUCUUGGGCUCCUGGAUGGGGUAUGUUCAGGAGCUUAGAUCCAGUAAUGUAACUUGUAAGGCACGGGCGCCCACCCUUUAGGUAAACCCUUUAGCAAACCCUUUAGGUUUGCCUGGGCUGAAUGAGUGAAGAGGAAUUGUCUUGGGCCACAUAUACGCAGCUGCUCCAGAAGUAAUGCCUCCUAUUGAUUUCCAUAGAAAUGACAACAGAUACAAGGAGCACAAUAACACAACACAUAACAAACUGCACAUCCCCAUUGGCCACCACUUGAGCUGGCACAGCACUGUGCCCUAUGUCCCGGUUCCAUCCCAGAUGGGGCCACAGCACACCGAUGUCCUGCUGGUGAGCUAAAUGAGAAGGAGCCUUGCAUUUCUAUUCCACUUUCCCACUGCACUUUGUUUAUCGCUCAUUGUUUUGUCUCGUUUCACUCCAACCGUGCUGUUUUCCGAGAGAAGCAGUUCCUUGCUCCAGCACCUCGAUGUCUGCCAGCUGUGAGGGCUGCAAUGCUAACACACUGAGUGAGUUCUCCAUCCGUCCAUACACAAGAGGGGUAUCAGCCCGCCCCCUCCCGCACACACGUGCUCUUCUCCCACCACAGCCCUCCCACCUCCCUGUUCCCAUUAGUCGGCCUGCCCGGCAGGAGGAGGUUUCGUACAAUGAGACGGCGGCAGGCAGUCCCACCUCCAAAGCACCAGCGAAUGGGCUUUAAGAGCGGGGCGGCGGGCCGGCAGCUGGAGGUGCCUUUGGGGAGGGAGGUGACCUCCGAGCCUGCUGUGCCGGCAUGGCGGGGCCAAGGGGGGCCCGGCCCGCCAGGAGUGGCCCCGGCUGCUGCUGGGCUCUGCCCACCGCGCUGCUGUGUGGAUACGGCUUCUUCUGCAGCGUGCGGCCCUCAGAGCCCUUUCUCACCCGGUACCUGCUGGAGCCGCACAAAAACCUCACCGAGACGCAGGUGUUCAACGAGAUCUACCCGGUGUGGACAUACUCGUACUUUGCGCUCCUCGUCCCGGUCUUCCUGAUCACUGACUACGUGCGCUACAAGCCCAUCAUCCUCCUCCAGGGCAUCAGCCUCAUCAUCACUUGGUUCUUGCUGCUCUAUGCCCAAGGGCUGCGUGCCUUCCAGCUCCUCGAGUUCUUCUAUGGGAUGGUGACAGCCACCGAGGUCGCCUACUACGCCUACAUCUACAGCGUUGUGGAUGUGGAUCUGUACCGCAAGGUCACCAGCUACUGCCGCAGUGCCACGCUGGUGGGGUACACGGUGGGCUCUGUGUGCGGGCAGCUUCUCGUGUCCCUGGCAGGGUGGUCCCUCUUCAGCCUCAAUGUCAUCUCCUUAACCUCCAUCUCCGUUGCCUUUGGCACCGCGUGGUUCCUGCCAAUGCCACAGAAAAGCCUUUUCUUCCACCACGCUGCCGCCCAGCCCUUCAGUUUGGAGAUGAAGGUCAUGGACUGUAAGAACGGGGCUGUUGUGCAGGACCAGCCUGGCGUGCCAAGGGUGCCUGGAUGGGAGGAUGAAGUCAAAAUGCCCUUAAACAGGGAGGAACGUUCAGCAGAGAAAAAGGAGCAGAAAGUAGAUGCCUUAAAAGUGCUCAAGGAUCUCUGGCAGGACUUCCUGCAGUGCUAUUCAUCUCGGACCAUGCUGUGCUGGUCAGUCUGGUGGGCACUGUCUACCUGUGGCUACUUCCAGGUCAUCAACUAUGCUCAGGGCCUGUGGGAGAUGGUGCUGCCUUCUCACAGCACGGAGAUCUACAAUGGUGGUGUGGAGGCAGCCUCAACAUUGCUGGGAGCUGUUGCAGUAUUUGUUGUGGGUCACAUAAAAACAUCCUGGGCCAUGUGGGGUGAAGUGGCACUUGCCCUGUUCUCCUUUCUUAUUGCUGCUGCUGUAUAUAUUAUGGACACUGUUCACAACAUCUGGGUGUGCUACGCAUCUUAUGUUGUCUUCAGAAUUAUUUACAUGCUGCUAAUCACAAUAGCGACGUUUCAGAUUGCUACAAAUCUCAGUGUGGAGCGGUAUGCUCUGGUGUUUGGGGUAAACACAUUCAUUGCCUUAGCACUUCAGUCUUUACUCACAUUGAUUGUCGUGGAUGCCAGCGGGCUUGGGUUGGACAUCUUCACCCAGUUCCUGAUUUAUGCAUCUUAUUUUGCGGCUAUCUCCCUGGUGUUCUUGGGCAGUGGAUUAUACAGUAUUAUGAGAGCACACAGAAGACAAGAGCAGGUGCAAAACAGAUCUCCUGAAAGCUGUUAGUGCACUACACGAAGACUCUGUGGCUAUGUAUGAAGACAGAGGUCUGUUUUUAAUCCCUGCCUUUUCUUCCCAAGGCAGCCAUCUUGAUGGUACUUGAUCCACGUUUAUACUAUAUUAGUAGUACGCUUUAGAAUGUAAAUGUAUUAGGUCUUACUUAUGUAAGAACGAGUAUCUUCUUUCUAAAAUGCCUUUUGUUCUUCAGUUGCAUGUUUGAGAUGUGCAAUGAAGAACAAACCUCAAAAAAAAUGAAAGCCUUGGGAGGUUUUAGUCUAAGGCUCUGCACCUGGAGGGUGCCGUUGAAAAGGCAGCUUUAGGAUUGCCUGGUCAGCCACUAUUCUUUCUUAUUGUUAAGAUGCUGCUGCAUGAAGGGUGUGUUCAUAGACUUCUUUCUGCAGAGACCUGGGCCAAGGAGAGGUGGUGGCCUUAGGCCUGUGCUCUGCAGCAUAGUUCUCACUGUGCCUGCCCUGUGAUGCUGGAUGCUCUGUUCUGAGCACUCUCACACUUCAGUUUCUGCAUAUGCACAUGCUCGCUUGUACUUUCUGCUGUUUGUCUGCCAUCUCUGCUGUCAGAUCUUUCUACAGCCAAUAGUCUUACCUCUCUAAAAGCUUAACCGUGUCCUUGGGCAACUUGUGGCAGCACUGAAUUGCUGUCAGCAAUGCUACUUCUGCUGUGAAGGCCUGUGCCCAAGGGAAUGUAAAGCUAUAGGGGAACCCUAGAGGGAUCCAUUUACAAGUGGACUAGAUGCUAGUCUACAGAACCACUUGAUGUCCUUGCCUUUGUCCUCUAGGGUUGCAGAUUCUUGCAGUUGUAGGAGUCACUGAUCCAUAACCCUGACAGCUGGGCUGUCUCAGUGGAACAGUGGAUGUGAGUGCACCAUUGGAGGGGGAAGGUGAUUUGUAAGAUUUUUAAGCUGUUCUUUGUAACCUCAGAAUUGUGACUGCAGUUACUGUGUUUACUUCAGUUACUUUAUUUAACAGAAUGAACACCUGAGGUUUUGGGAAAUGCUGAUUAACUGCUGUCACUCCUUCCCUCUUUAAAGCACCUUUGUUUUUGGUGGGACUGCAUCCACUAGUUCUUCUUCAUCUUUCCACUUGAGCAGAAAGAACAGAAUAUUUGUGGGAGAAGUGGGUUUUUAUUUUCUUUUGUCUGGUCUUGACAAUUUGAGUCUUGCCUCAUACCUGGCUUUUAAUAUAAUUUAUUUGUUCCUUAUUGCUUUAGCACCGCCAAGGAGUUACUCAGAGCUGACCUAGACUUGGAUACCUGGGUACUCAGGCACCAUGACCAGCACAGCACUGUGGGCAUGUCCUGUAUGUUGUCCCUGUUGCUAUGUAGGUUGUGGUUUUAAGCAUACGGAAGAACUGGCAAGGGAGAACAUGUUGUACAGUCUGCUUCUUUUCCAUGCCUACUCCUUGUGCAGCUGGAGUUAUUCCAGUCGGCCUAAAGAGGCAACUUCAUUUUAUUGCUUGGUCUGUCUUGUGCUGUGGAGAACUCACCGUUUUUUCAUUUGUGUGAGCCUCAGUCUUAACCACACAAAGUGAAUGACUAACACGUUUGAGAUAUGUUCUUGGGGGUCUGUGGAGCUCUUCCAGGCUGGCUGCACAAGGAGAUCUCUCCAGAGCUUCAUAGUGCCAGCAGCCCACCUCCUGAAGUGUCUUCAGGGCUCAGCUGUAGGGACGCUGACACACAUAAAUUUAACUGCCUUAUCCUGAGAUAGAAACUUGAAGCCAUCUAUGCAUAUAUCCUGUUCUUUAAUGUAUUGAAAAAAAACUGAAGCUGUGAAGUCUAGCUAACAGGCUGCCUUGAGAAAGGAGUAGAAAGAGCAUUUCCUGUCCUUUGGGCUUCUUGGGCUGAUGGCAGCUGUGACAUGAGAUGAGGCAUGGAUACAUGGCACUUGUAUCAAGUGACUGAAAGAAGCAGCUUAAUUUUACUGUUUUUCUUACAGAGAAUAAAUAUUUGAUGGGGAGCAACCCAGUUAUUUAAAAAAAAAAACAAACCCAAAAAACAAAAACAAAAACCAAGUCAAAUAGCUAUGAGUUACAGCAGUAACAAUGACUUUUUUCCUACCAAAGUAAUGAAAUUGUGUGGUAACUGUAAUAGAGCAGCAUGCUACACUGUGUACAUCUUCAGGCCUGUCAAAGUAUGUAUCCGGAUGUCCUUAUGCUGUGCUGCUGGUGUGGUGAUGAGAUGCCAGUGGCUGAUUGCAGCUGUACACAGAAUUACUGAUGCCUAUGAAAUUCCAUAAGCAUGUUGAUGCUGUUGGGAGGACUUGUUCAGCUUGUUUCUAUUUGAAUAGAUAUUUUUGUUAAAUAAAACUUUUUCAGGAUA